CGCCGCGCCGCCCCCGCCUGGGGUUUUGCAAUGUAGCAGCGGCCUUUAUUUCGUCCCCUCCCCAGUGCCGGCCUCGCCUCCCCGCAGGUGGCUCCACCCAGCCCGGAUCCGGAGAGGGGACGCGCGGCUGCAGCGCCGGCGCGCGGUGCGUCCGAGGUCCCGCGGCGCGGUCUCCGCGGGGCGCGCUCCUCCCCGCCCGCCGCAGCCCUUCCCCGCCUGCCCGGGCGCAAUCGCAGGGCGCCCUGAGCAUGCCGGAAAGAUGGCGCUAGCGGCGGUGGCGGCGACCGGGCCGGCGGGCGGCGGGGGUGGCCGGGCGCAGCGCAGCGGGCUGCUGGAAGUUUCGGUGCGCGACCGCUGGCACAAAGUUCUGGCGAACUUGGGCGAGGACGCCCUGGUCCUGAGCGGCGAGGACGGCGCGGCGGCGGCGGCGCACAACGGGCUGGGCGCGGCGGCGCAGGGCUCGCGGGGCCGGGGCGCAGGGCCCCCGGAGUCCCCGGCCGGGGUCCGCACCGCCGUCACCGACGCACCCGAGCGCGUGCCCGAGGCCGUGUGCAGCCAGAAGCGCGGCGUGAGGGUGCUGAAGCAGGAGCUGGGCGGCCUGGGCAUCAGCAUCAAGGGCGGCCGCGAGAACAAGAUGCCCAUUCUCAUCAGCAAGAUCUUCCAGGGGCUGGCGGCCGACCAGACCCAGGCCCUGUACGUGGGCGACGCCAUCCUGUCGGUGAACGGCGCCGACCUGCGGGACGCCACGCACGACGAGGCGGUGCAGGCGCUGAAACGCGCGGGCAAGGAGGUGCUGCUGGAAGUGAAGUACAUGCGAGAAGCCACGCCCUACGUGAAGAAAGGAUCCCCGGUGUCCGAGAUUGGGUGGGAGACACCUCCUCCAGAGUCCCCUCGGCUGGGGGGCGGCUCCUCGGACCCUCAGGCAUCCUCGCAGGCCUUCUCCUUCCACAGAGACCAGAAGAGCAUCCCGCUGAAAAUGUGCUACGUCACUCGGAGCUUGGCCCUGGCCGACCCAGAGAGCAGGCAGUUUGAAAUCCACUCCCCGGACACUAAGCACAUGGUGAUCCUCAGGAGCAAGGACUCCGCCACCGCCCAGGCCUGGUUCAGCGCCAUCCAUGCCAACGUGAGCGAGCUGCUGCCCCGGGUGAUCAGUGAGGUCCGAGAGCAGCUGGGGAAAGCUGGCCUCGCGGGGGGACGUGAGAUCCGGCACCUCGGCUGGCUCGCGGAAAAGGUGCCCGGGGACGGUGAGAAGCAAUGGAAGCCGGUGCUGGUUGUCCUGACAGAGAAGGACCUCCUCCUCUACGACAGCAUGCCGCGGCGAAAGGACGCCUGGCUCAGCCCCGCGCACUCCUACCCCCUCCUCGCCACCAGGCUAGUCCAUUCAGGUCCAGGGAAGGGCUCACCCCAGGCUGGAAUGGAUCUGUCCUUCGCAACACGAACUGGAACCAAGAAAGGAAUUGAAACGCAUCUCUUCCGGGCAGAGGUCAGCAGGGACCUCUCCCAGUGGACAAGGAACAUUGUACAGGGAUGCCACAACGCAGCCGAGCUCACUGCUGAAGUCACCACCGCUUGCACCUACAAAAACCAGGAGUGUCGCCUGACGGUGCACUACGAGAACGGGUUCACCCUGACCACUGAGCCGCACGAGGGCGCCCCUCCCAAGACGGUCCUGCAGUCCCCCUACGAGAAGCUCAAAAUGUCUUCAGACGACGGCGUCCGGAUGCUGUAUUUAGAUUUUGGAGGCAAAGAAGGAGAGAUUCAACUGGACCUUCGUUCCUGCCCCAAGCCAAUUGUUUUUAUCAUGCAUUCAUUCUUAUCUGCUAAGAUUACAAGACUUGGCUUGGUGGCUUGAGCAGAGGGGCGAUUUGCCCUAGA